ACGAGGUACCAGAAUUAUAUACAACAAGACAUCAAUUUCACAGCACAAGAACAAUUCCGAACCAAAUCCCCAUUACCCUUCACAAAUCUGAUCUUCAGACUAACGUUUCAUCCUCCGCGCUCAUAUCAAUCGUCUAUCCACUUUAGCUUCUCUGGAAGUCUAGCUAGCUCCUUGUGUGUCCCGUACAGGUUUAACACACAAGGCCAAUACUCAUAUUCAAGUUCCAACUGCGAAUUUAUAUAAACCACUCAGUCAUCCACUCCCUCACGAUGGCAUCUGAACCCACCACUCCUGUCCGCGUAUCCAAGAGCGCCGCAAACUAUACCCCCACAACCCAAGAUGCAGAUUUACGAUCACAAAUAAAUUCUCUACUAUUAAAAGACGGGCAUGUCGCUAAGUAUGUCCCUCCCUCUCCCACUUCGAAACCCAGAACUCUCACUAACUUCCCUUCCCAUUCCCACAGAAUCCAAGAAACCCUCCUCCAUUCCCUACACUCCUCCCCCACCAACUGGCCCACCCUAAUCCAAACUCACGCUCUCUCACUCCUCCGCUCAGGAAACUAUACCACAUUCCCUGUCCUCAUGGCCAAAGUCCUCGAAGACAUACGAGCUGAUACACUCGCGCAGUCUUCUUCUACCAAUGGCGUUAAUGGUUCCACAUCCAUAAGUACCUCUGCAGACAAGGAAAAGGACAAGAAAGAAAAAGAAGGCACUGUCAAAGGACGCGGCGAACGCGGACAAAGCCUUGCGUUGCCGAAAAAUGUAGUAGAGGAAGGAGUGAGAAUUACGAGGGAGUCACUAGAAGCUGUGUGUGAAGUGGUGGAGUGAACAGUUAGUUGGGGUGUUGUCUUUUUAUCAUUUGGGUUCCUAGGAAUGAGGGAUGGGAAAUAAUGAAUAAUGUAGAUUUCUGGGGAUGAGGAUCUAGAUGGGUACAGAGCAUAGAAGCAAGGAAGAAAAUAAUAAUGGCAGCAAGCAAGCAACCUGCAUUUUUUGAGGGGGUUUGGGGCCGGGGGUGUCCAUCCUCGAUAUAUACGCACGGCAGAUGUGGAUGCGGAUAUGGAUGGACAUGGACAUGGAUACCAACGAACUAUCCUAUCCCAAAAUCCAGGACUUUCCCUACCUACCUACACACAUCGUUUAGGAUGGCUAUUAUACUUUCAAAGCAGAGAAAGAGAUGUUUUCAACAUAAGCAAUCAUCACAUCACAUCCUGGGGUAUAUAUAUAAGGCGUGCAAAAGGACGUUAGGAAAUUGGGUUUGGAGUUGGAAAAAUGAAAGAAGAUAUUAGGCUGGGAUCCUCUUCGCGAUUGUAUCGUACAUACAUACCUUGUUUGCACUUAUCACAAACGUUAGAUGAUUGAGGGAUAUCAUGUAAAAUAAGUCGAAGCUUCAUAAUUACCAUAUCCAAGAGGCGUUCUGGAAUCUGUAU